UGCUAUGACGUCAUCGAUUUGCUGAAGAUGGAUAGCUUUGACGUCAGCAUUCUGGUCCGCCCUUUCGAUAUUGGAAUGUCCUCACUGAUUGGCCAGAUCGAUGAGGGAACCACACAGACGAUCACGUGCACUGCGGAUGGCGGGAAGCCCACCCCGAGCAUAGACUGGUAUUUGUUAGGACCAGACGUGAACAGAACAAGGUUACCUGGCAGUGAGGAUGCACAACAGUAUCCUAACGGGACCUGGUACAAGAGAAGUAGCCUUACGUUCACAGUCACCAGGCAGAUGUACCAAGGUACUCUGUUCUGUUUGGUCAACACAGGUCCAAUACCCUUCUACAAUGAGAGUUUCCAGGUCCAUCUUGAUGUCAACUUAUCACCUUUAAUGCCAACUAUCCAUUAUUUCACUGGUCUGUUUAAUAACGGUGAGACAAGUACCAUUAGAUGUACGUCAGCAGGAAGCAGACCCGCAGCCACCAUUGAUUGGUAUCUAGAUGGCGCGAAGUUAAAGAACACCAUUCAUGAGGUACUGCCGAGGUCAGAUGGAACAUUCUUCGUCACUGGAAUUAUCUCUGUAACAUUUGACAAGAGUAUGAGUGGACGUCAAAUGAGAUGUGCUGCCUCCAAUUCAGUGGUCCGUAACAAUGGCGUCGGCGAGGUCAACAGAUCGGUCACACUCCUGGCUACAUAUGCUCCUGAAAUCACAUCGGAGAACGGAACAAGGGAAGUAACAGAGGAUUCGGAUGUCGUCCUCACCUGUCAGGUAGUUGCCAGACCAAUGCCUACACCAAAAAAUAUAUUCUGGCGCCACAACAACAACAUAAUAUCUACCGGGACCGGAAGCAGAUUUAAUUACACUGCUGGCCGGGUAGCUGAUCUUCGUAUCUCGUCAGUAAAAAGAGAGGACGCCGGGGACUACGUAUGCCAGGCUCUCAAUACUAUCGGUGUAGGAACUGGACAGAACAUCCACAUCGACGUGUCAUACCGCCCGUUUUGCACACUAGGUGGUGUUGUGAAGCAUGCUGUUAAGCUAGGUGCGUCUGUGACAGUCACGUGCACAGUUGAUGGGAACCCUGGGAAUUCCACUAUUAAGUGGCGUUACAAGGGUACGGGGAUCACAAUAAAUCCGACUGUAGCCACACAUUCCGUGUACGGGAGGCCGAGGGAAACAGCGUCGACGGCAGUCAUUUCAGUCGUGAAGGAAUGGCAGUACACAGAUGUUGAAUGCGUGGGAACGAACGCUAUUGGUGUGUCCAUGUCUCCUUGUCUUUACCGUAUAGUGAGGCCAGGUCACCCGGAAGUGCCGACAAACUGCACAUGGUCUGAGCUGAAUGACGCAGAGAUUCGGGUUCAAUGUAAUCCCGGGUUUGACGGCGGGUCCGAUCAGUAUUUCGUCAUCCAACAGUCUGAGAGUGGAGGCCAGUACGAAAUAACCCUAAACGACACAGAAGCUAUGUUUCUUGUGUCCAACCUACAGGCAGGCACUCGCUACUUAUUCAAGAUUUGUGCUGCAUCUGAUCUGUAUCCACAACUUUUAAGCUGCUCCUCUGAAAUAGCAGCUCAGACAUCUACAGGUAACAAUAAUCAACAGGCUUUAGCGUCCGCCGGAAGUCCUGAAAGCGCACCCUAUAUUGCUGCGGGAGUGAUGGGAGCUGUUGUCCUUUUUAUUUUACUUGGACUAAUCAUCUUCUUUAUUCGGAGAAGGAGACAGAAAUUUCUUCGUUCCAUUAUAUUCUAUGGCGGACCAGUGACAGUAUAAGACGCCUCUUUUUCCUCAGAAAUACGUAUAUCAUCUGCCUUGAUACGGACACAGGAGUGUGCUGGACCAUGAAGAAGCCGUCUGCAUGAUCUGAAACCUCCUCCUCUACACACUUCAAAGAAUUGACACUCACUAUCACCGGUCAUGCAUGUGCGCAUACACAUCUCUUUCAUUUGCAUGUGCAAUUUGCAUUUUUAGAACAUAUUCAUAUUCUUUUA